AUGGCUGCCGCAGCUACGCACGAUACGCCCGAGGAGCCCCAGAGCGACGGCUCCAAGCUCAAGACCUUUAUCGGUAUCCUGAAGAAGAGCGAGAGGAAGACAGCGACACUGUGGACGAGAGGCGAAACCUCCCGCACCGUGGACGCGCCAUCGUCAGCGGAGAUCGGCAUCGCUAGCAAGCAGACGCAGACAGACAAGCACUCUCUCUCAACAGAUGGACGCCUGGCUAACCGACUGCGUCUUCCUUCCAGGUUCAUUGGCGUUGCCGACCUCGCCGCCGUGCGCUUCUCUCUCCCGUCCCAGCUCCUUGAGCCGACGCCGAACCUCGAAUACUGGAACUACCUCGAUGCGCCCAACGCCUUCGCCGCCAUCGGCACCUCGGACGAGCCCCUCGACCGCAUGCUUGAGGUCUGCCGCUUCUGGUUCACAAAGGACUUGAAGUAUGUCAAGGGCAAGCCUUGCAAACCCUACAACUCGUGUCUGGGAGAGUUCUUCAGGUGCAACUGGGAAACCGAGGACAAUGCACCCAAGAUCAACACCGCGGCCCUCAAGAAUGCCGGAAGCGGCACGGCCAGCAGCUCGUCCAGCUUCAAGUCCGCCAAGGGCGACAAGAACGCAUCUGCCGUCUCGCUGUCCGUCCCGCAGCACGGCGCCUCGACCCCGGACAGCAAGACCCUCCGCAUCUCCUACCUCACUGAACAGACCUCCCACCACCCGCCCGUGAGCGCCUUCCACAUCAGCUGCCCCGAGAAGGGUCUUUCUGCUCGUGGCUAUGACCAGAUCACGGCCAAGUUUACCGGCACCAGCGUCCGCGUCAUGCCCGGCGAACACAACCUCGGCAUCUUCAUCACGCUCGAGAAGCGCGGCGGCGAGACGUAUCGCCUGACGCACCCCGCUGCGCACCUUGGCGGUAUUCUCAGAGGAAGUCUGAGCGUCAGCGUCAGUGAGAUGGCGUACAUUACAUGCCCUCAGACCAAGCUUAAGACGAUCCUGCAUUACGUCGAGGCUGGCUGGCUCGGCCGCUCCACGAACCGCGUCGAGGGCAUCAUCUUCAAGUACGACCCCGAGAACGACGACAAGGUGAACAUCAAGGAUGUGCCCGAGGCCGACAUUGUUGCUCGCCUCAGCGGCCCGUGGCGUGAGAAGAUCGAGUUCACUCUCGGACCCAAGCCAGUCAACUCACACCCCCCUGAGGCGCGGUACACCAUUAUUGAUCUCGCCCCUCUCAGCGUCGCGCCCAAGGUCCUCCCCCCGAAAGAAAAGCAGCUCGAGAACGAGUCUCUGACGAUGUGGGGCGGCGUCACCGAGGCCAUCCACGCCAAGCAGUUCUCCAAGGCAACGCAGGUCAAGGUCGAUCUCGAGGAGCGGCAGCGCGAGCUGGCGCGCCAGCGCGAGACCACCGGCGAGGUCUUCAAGCCCAUGUUCUUCGAGCAGGUGACGGACCAGGGUGGCAAGCCCGAGCUGACGGAGAAGGGCCGCGAGGUGCUCGCGCGGGCGCAGAAGAACGAGUGGGACAUGAGUGGCAUCGUAUGA